UCAGUGGACGCGCUGCCGUAUCUCCUGUAACCCUGCGGUACACGUGCGUGCGCUAGGUGGGCGCUGCGGUAGCAUGGACGCUUUGGAUCGAGUUGUAAAGCCCAAAACAAAAAGAGCCAAGAGAUUCCUUGAGCAAAGAGAACCGAAACUCAGUGAAAAUAUUAAAAAUGCUAUGCUGAUUAAAGGGGGCAAUGCAAGUUCAACAGUGACACAAGUACUUAGAGAUGUGUAUGCACUGAAGAAACCAUAUGGAGUUCUGUAUAAAAAGAAAAAUAUUACAAGACCAUUUGAGGAUCAGACAUCAUUGGAAUUUUUUUCAAAGAAGUCAGAUUGUUCUUUAUUCAUGUUUGGCUCCCAUAAUAAGAAGCGGCCAAAUAAUCUAGUAAUAGGUCGUAUGUAUGACUACCACGUGCUGGAUAUGAUUGAAGUAGGUAUCGAGAAGUUUGUCUCCCUUAAAGAUAUUAAGAAUAGUAAAUGUCCGGAGGGAACAAAACCCAUGUUAAUAUUCGCAGGUGAUGAUUUUGAUGUAACAGAAGACUACAGAAGGCUAAAAAACCUUCUUAUUGAUUUCUUCAGAGGCCCCACAGUAUCAAAUGUCCGCCUGGCUGGUUUGGAGUAUGUUCUGCACUUCACUGCACUGAAUGGGAAGAUUUACUUUCGAAGCUAUAAGUUGCUGUUGAAGAAAUCUGGCUGCAGAACACCUCGGAUUGAAUUGGAAGAGAUGGGACCCUCAUUGGAUCUGGUUCUGAGGAGGACACACCUAGCAUCAGAUGACCUUUAUAAGUUAUCUAUGAAAAUGCCCAAAGCCCUCAAGCCAAAGAAGAAGAAAAAUGUCUCUCAUGAUACUUUUGGUACAACUUAUGGAAGAAUUCAUAUGCAGAAGCAAGACCUAAGCAAACUACAAACCAGGAAAAUGAAGGGGUUGAAGAAGCGACCUGCAGAAAGGAAAGCAGAAGACCAGGAGAAAAAAUCAAAGAGAAUUAAAAAGGACUGAUGGAA